AUGCGAUGUGCUUUUCAUGACCCAGUUUUCGGCACUGAGUUCACGGAGAUCUUCUUGCCUCCUACAGCUCCUCAAUGCCCACCCAACAGCCACUAUGAGCCUUGCGCCAACGCCUGCCCACCCACCUGCAAGAACCCAAGUGCUCCGGCCACAUGCAAUCUGGCGUGCAGGGAAGCCUGUGUCUGUGACUCUGGGUUCUUCCUCUACAAUGGUAACUGUGUGCCCAGCCAUCAGUGUGGGUGCUGGCACCAAGGGAAGCACUACCCAGUGGGCUCCAGCUUUUGGACCGACGACACCUGCUCCACCAAAUGCACCUGCCCCAGUCGAGGUGGCCAAGUCAGCUGCUUUCCUGAUUCCUGCCCUAACCAUUAUUACUGCGGAGUCCAAAAUGGUGUCCCCAGCUGCUACCCACAUACGUACGGGGUCUGCCGUGUCCACAACGACCCUCAUUACAACACUUUUGACAAACAGACGCACCACUUCAUGGGCACCUGCACCUACACCCUGGCCAAGGUCUGCGCCAAUGAGACGGGGCUGCCCUACUUUAACAUCGAGGCCAAGAACGAACACCGUGGGAAUCCCUCCGUCUCUUAUGUCCAGCGGGUCCUGGUGGAGGUUUACGGGCACCGGAUUGAGAUCCUCAAAGGACACAAGGAUCGAGUGCUGGUGGACAAAGUGCUUACAAGGCUUUCUGUGCGCAAGCUGAACAACGCCCUGAGAGUGGACCUCAAUGGACGCUACGUGACCCUAGAAACGGAUUUCGGGCUGAUUGUCUCUUACGACACAGAUCACUCGGUGGAGAUCAGGGUCCCCACCACCUUCUUCAACAAGACCUGCGGCAUGUGUGGGAACUUCAACAACCGCCGGCAGGAUGACAGCAUGAUGCCCAACGGAGAGCAAGCCAAGAAUUCCAAUGAGCUGGGAAACAGCUGGCAGGUGCCCAAUGCAGAGUACGACCCCCCUGAUUGUAAGCCCCCACCCCCCACAAAACUUUGUCCCUCAGAGCUGAAAAACCUCUAUGAGACAGAGGCCUAUUGCGGACAGCUUACCAGUAGCCAGGGACCGUUGGCAGUUUGCCAUUCUGCAAUCAACCCCAACAGCUUCUUCCAGAGUUGCGUCUUUGACCUGUGUGAACUGAAUGGGUCCCAGGAGGCCUUGUGUGGUGCUUUGGAGGCGUACGCUGAUGCCUGCCAAAGAGCUGGCGUGAAGCUUCCCGACUGGAGGAAUGCCACUUCCUGCAAAAUCCCUUGCGGUGAUCACAGCCAUUACAACGUGUGCGCCACUUCCUGUCCCGCCACAUGUUCCAAUCCACUGGCUCCGUGGAACUGCACCAAGCCUUGCGUGGAGGGCUGCGAAUGCGACAAAGGCUUUGUCCUAAGCGGAGCACAAUGUGUGCCGCGGGAGGAUUGCGGCUGUGUAUUUGGAGAUCAAUAUUAUGAGAAAGGAGAGACGUUCUGGCAGCCGGAUUGUGUCAGCCAAUGUCACUGUGCAAAUAAAGGCAACUUGUCCUGCGUCCCAGACAGUUGCAAAAACGGCCAAGUCUGUAAAGUACAGAAUGGCAUCCUGGGAUGCUACAUUCCAGACAAGGCCACCUGCCACAUCUACGGAGACCCUCACUAUGUCACCUUCGAUGGGCGACUCUAUCAUUUCCAGGGCGGGUGCAAUUACACCGCAGUGCAAAUCUGCAGCAACUCCUCCGAGCGCUUCUCCGUGACCACUCGGAACGAACAUCGCUCCAGCCCGCACUGGACGGCUCUCAACUCAGUGGCCAUCUCACUGAGAAACACCCACCUGGCUCUGAGGAAGAACAAAGAGGUCUAC